AUGCCGCAUCAUAAUUGGUAUCAUAACCCAACACCUAACGCUUUAAAAACGUUCCGUGGCGGAAAACACCGCAUUCAAGGAAGACACAAAGAAAAGAAACAUAAGAAAGAGAAGAAACACAAAAAGACAAAGAAACACAAGGAGUACUCAUCAUCUAAUGAUUCAAGUGCUUCUGAAGAUGAAUGGGUUGAAAAACCAUCAAGGGAAACAAAAUCAGUUCCAGACAGAGAUGACUGGUUAUCGUUACCAGCAAACUUCCUCUCAGCAAGCAAUAAAGAAAUUAAAGACUCACGAAAACAAGCUAAACAAGAACAGAAACUUAAUGAUCAAUAUAAUCCAGCAACAUGCUCCAGAGAGUUAAAUCCUUACUGGAAGGAUAAUGGAACAGGUUUGCCUAGUGCAUCAAGCUCUGCUUUCAAGAAACCUAGCUUCAAUGAAGAUAAUGAUGAUGAAUAUGAUUAUGGGCAUAAAUCAUCUGCAUCUGCAAGCUUAAAUUCGAAUUUAUCAAAGAAAACAUCAAACUGGAAGAAGACUAAACCUGAAACAAAUAAUGUUGAAGAAGAAAAUAAAGUGUUAUCUCAAAAGGAAUUGAAUGCAUUGGCUGCUAAAUUAGUAAAAGCUGAAAUAAUGGGAAACACUGCAUUAAUGAAACAACUCCAACUGAAGUUAGAUUCCGCAAGACAACUAAGAGACGAAAAUCCUGGUAAAGCUAAAGAGGAAGAUGUGAUUCUAACACAAACAGACUCCAAAGGUUAUUCACGACCGUUAAAAUCUAAAAGUGACGAUUGCCACGAGAAUAAAUCGAAAAAACGUCGAGUUGAUACACACACUGAUGGCGAACGCAAUAAAUACUUUGCCGAUGAUGACAAAUAUAAUUUGAAGCAAAUGUUUGAGCAUGAAAAAUUCAACACUGCCGAAAAACAAAACGAAGAGUUCUUGUCGAUACUUGGCAAAAGCAAAAAUGAUGAUCUAGACGAGAUCUUCACGGAUAAAAUACGCAACCAUGAAAAAGACGGUAAAUCAGAACGUAGAGAACGUGAUAAAGCAAUCAGUGAGCAUACAAAGAUGACUCGAGUCCACAAUUGCAAUAAGUGUCCUACAAGUGACGCUGUGCGUAAACAUUUGAUUGUUACACUUGGACAAACUGUAUACUUAAGUUUACCUGCGCAUGAACCACUAACAACUGGGCAUUGUCUAAUUGUACCUACGAGACAUACAAUUUGCAGCACACAACUUGAUGAGAACGAAUGGGAGGAGAUUAUGGACUUCAGGAAGGCCGUGACUAAAAUGUGUGCGAAUCGUGGCGAAGAUGUUAUAUUUUUCGAAGUGGCGAGAUAUUUGCAUCGUUUUCCACACAUGUCGAUCGAAGCUGUCCCUAUGGACAAGGAAAUCGGUGAUUUGGCGCCGAUUUAUUUUAAGAAGGCCAUUGAUGAGUCCGAAAAUGAAUGGGCUACCAAUAGGAAGCUGGUUAAAUUGGAGGGUAAAAAUGUGAGGCGUGCUGUACCGAAAGGUUUGCCGUACUUUUUCGUCUCGUUUGGAAUGCAGGAAGGAUUUGCGCAUGUAAUUGAAGACGAAGAGGCGUUUCCGGUGAAUUUUGCGCAGGAGAUCAUCGGAGGGAUGCUGGAUCUGCAUCAUUCACGGUGGAGGAAUCCGAAGCGGCAGAGUUUCCAGCAGCAGAGCGAUAGAGUGAAAGAAUUUAAUCAAGAAUGGAAAAAGUUUGAUUUUUGUCAAAAACAUGACAAAUAUCUUAAGUCCAAACCAGCAUCAUGAUAAUCUGUUCUCUGUGAACAUCUUACGGUUAAUAAACAGAUUUUAAAAAAUUAUUAAAUCAAGUAAUAAAUGUUAAACCUAUUUUCUUUCAUGUUGAGAAUUACACAUAUGACAUAAGAAUAAAUGUAAGAAAAAACUUAUUAUGUUGUGACCUUAAA